UUGAAACGCCUUCUACUGAAAUGAUUUGUCCCUCCUGCCACGCCGUCCAACGCCGAGGUCUGUUUACAAAUCUGGAGACGAAGAACGCGUGUAAAUCCCGUCCAAAGGAAGAUUUACAGACGCGGAAAGGAGACGUUAUAGAUUCAUAUCAGCUUAGAAACGUCUUACCAUCUUUCUCCGGUAAGUGUCCGAGCUCUUUUUAGCGGAAAACGGCAGUUUAUGAGCUUUAAAGCGAGAGCAGCUGCGCGGCGCGGGAGAUGACAGCUGCUGCUGCGCCACUGCUUCGUCUGACGUCGGCCUCACUCGCUUAAAAUCGGCUUUCGCUUUACAACAGUGGACGUUUUUCGUGUCUAAUCGAGAUGAACUGCCGCUCGGAGGUGCUGGAGGUGUCUCUGGAGGGCAGGCAGGUGGACGAGGCCCUGCUGGCCCUGCUCCACACCAUCCUGCUCCACCGCAGCACGGGCAAGUUCCACUAUAAGAAGGAGGGCACCUACUCCAUCGGCACGGUGGGCACUCAGGACAUAGACUGCGACUUCAUUGACUUCACCUUCGUCCGAGUGUCCUCAGACGAGCUGGACCGGGUCAUCAGGAAAGCAGUGGCCGAGUUUAAGGAUGCUCUCGGCAACUCUGGCAGUGACGGAAUGGGCCAAAUCUCGCUGGAGUUCUACCAGAAGAAGAAGUCCCGCUGGCCGUUUUCUGACGAGUGCAUCCCCUGGGAGGUGUGGACCAUAAAGGUCAACGUCGUGAACCUGGCCAACGAGCAGGAGCGGCAGAUAUGCCGAGAGAAAGUGGGCGAAAAGCUGGGCGAGAAAGUCAUCAACAUCGUGGAAGUCAUCAACCGGCACGAGUAUCUGCCAAAGAUGCCCACUCAGUCCGAGGUCGACAACGUGUUCGACACGAGCCUGAAAGACGUCCAGCCUUAUUUGUACAAAAUCACGUACCAAAUCACAGAUUCUCUCGGGACGUCCGUGAGCACCACGAUGAGGAGGCUGAUCAAGGACACUUUAGCCUUAUAAGAGGUUCUGUUAUCUGUGCUUGCUUUUAACGAAUGGUUUGGCGAAAAAAAUCUUCCCCCCUCGUACUUCAAACGUAGUCAAUCUUCCAAGACCUGUUUGCUGCUUUUCUUUAGUGUUUUAAGACGGGAGGGUUGGGAGGUAUAUCGGUAAUAACGUAUACCACACUAUUUAAAAAAAUCCCACCCAUGAAAGUAUAAAUAAAGCCAAUUUCUACUUGUUUCUAUUUUAGAAGGGUCACUGAUGGGUGGUUUUAGAGCUCACCGUUUAGAAAGAGGAGAAAAAUGAAAGAAACCUCAAUAAAAUAAAAAAUUGCGUGAUAUCAGCUUCGCAAUGGCUCAGAGCUCCACUCACAUGCUUUGACUCUAAAACCAGUCACUUCUCUCAGGUUAUCCUCUAAACAGGAACCAGUUUGGCUUCAGUUAGCUAGAACCGAGCCUGUGCUGUGCUGUGCAGCACAUUUGACCGGCUAACUAAGCUCCCAUUAGCUUAGCCAAAAUCCCACAGUCCCAAACACCACAGAACAGCUUUGAUUUCAGCCUUUUUGGUCACUCACUCCACUUUUCACUAGUUUUCCUCUCGUAUAAAUAUAUUUUAAACAAUUUAUGCCUGUUUAGCUGAUCAGCAGUCAGUCAGAAUCAGGCCUGUGCUGUAGGGUGUGGCUCUGUUUGGGGCUUUAGCUGCUCGCUAAGCUAACAUUGAGAUCCAAACACCACAAAGCAGGAUUAAUUUCUCCUUUCUGUCCUUUCAGCGCCCGCAGCUCGACUUCACUCCCUUGGAUCCGAGCCCAUAUCGUCUAAACUUGUGAAGGCGCUUUAGUUGGGCAGAAUUAAAUAUGUUCUGUGGUGAGUUGAGCAUGCUAAGCUAAUGCUAACCAGCUCCUCUCUGCUAGGUAGCUGCUCUGUUGUUAGAGAUGGUUUGACUUCUGUUGAAUGGCGGCUUGAAAAUGUAAUGUAAACACGUUUAUGCCUCCGCCACUUCAUAGUACUGAACACCACGGUGACUUUCAGAGAGAAUUUACAGAAAAGGUACAAAACAAGUGGAUACCUGGAGCUAAGGGGCUAAUGCAGCUAAUAUGUAAUGGAAGGUUAUACCACACCAGUUAGCAUGGUGCUAACUGCAGUCUUAAAGUCACCUCAGACCGGGUGGGGGUGGUGGUGGUGGUGUUGGUGGUAAAGGUAAAACAUUUUGGGUGGCAGUUCUAAAACCAACGAAACAGACAACAAACAUGUCUUGGCGGAUCAGUUACAUUACAGACUCAGAAAAAUAGGGUUCUUUAAGGGUUCUUGAGUACAGGCAAUGCUUCUGUUUGGAGCCAUGAGCUCUGUAUAGAACCCCUUGAUGCAGAAUGGUUCUUUGCAUGGUGGAAUGGUUUUUCAGAUUGAUGGAGAAUAUGUUGUGUAUCGCUGUUGUGGGAUCAAAUCUCCACAUCAAAUCUCCUCAUAUCUCCAAAAUUGUAACUUUACAAGGCCAGGUAAAAACAUACUCUACUUUUAAUGCAAGUCAAUGGAACCAGACGUCUUUCCAAGUAAAUUAAGGUCAUUUCUUUUGGUCCAAUCAU